AUGGCAGAACCAAGCCAGUUUCAAAGUAGAAACAUUGAAGCCGAUGAGCAUAGUAACAACUAUCAAUAUAAUAAUAAUAAUAAUAAUAAUAAUAAUAAUAAUAAUAAUAAUAAUAAUAAUAAUAAUAAUAAUAAUAAUAAUGAUACUACCACUACUACUAUUAUUACUACUACUACUGCUGCUACUACUCUAGCUACUGCUACAACUACUACUACAACUACUACUAAUGGUAAAAAUAUCGCCGACAAUAUACCAUCGGAGCCAUUAAAUUUAAGCAAAAGUUUUGAACAUCUAACUAAUUUUGAUGACAACGACAACGACAAUGAUGAUGAUGAAGAUGAUGAAGAAAAAGAAGUAGAGGGGGAUAAUGAUGAUGAUAAUGACGUAAUCAAACUCAUUGACACUUCGGGUUUAGUUAGAUGUGAAGCAUUCGACAUCGGCCAAAAUUUCAUUCCGAGGUUUUCCAAAAUAGGCGAUGGUGAACACAAAAUGAUUGAUGUAGUUGGCGAUGAUGAUGAUAGUAACGAUGAUGAUGACGGUGUUGGUAAUGUUGAUUGUGAUGAAAUAAACUUUGAAGAAGAAGAAGAAGAAGAUGAUGAUGAUAAAAUGAUCAUAGGUAACGAUUGUAAGGAUAGAAAUGACCGUAAAGGCAAUAGUUGCCACCAAACAGUCAGCAACAUCAACAAGUAUAACGCCAACAAUAACAACAAUCACAACAAAUACAACAUCAACAACAACAACAACAACUACGACAACAACGACAACAACAACAUCAACAACAACAUCAACAUUAAAAACAUCAUCAACAACAACAAUAUCAUCAACAAUAACAACAUCAUCAACAAACACAACAUCAACAUCAACAACCACAACAUCAACAACAACAACAUCAUCAACAACACUCAUCCAAUGAUUCAAAAUUAUUAUUAUGAACGCCUCCGCCAACAAUUUUUAUUUCUGCAAAAUGUUGAGAGAAAUAAACUAAUAAUUGCUCAACAUUUAAGUCAAAGAUUCCACUAUUAUCAAAACUUUUUCCAACAACAACAGCAGCAACAACAACAACAUCAUCAUCAUCAUCAACAACAACAACAACAACAGCAACAACAUCAAAAACUUUAUCAGUAUUGCUAUGGACAACAACAACAACAGCAGCAGCAACAACAUCAUCAUCUAUACUUCAACAGCGCGAAACCCAACUCAGGUAAAACUUAUAGAAGCACAUUAAUGAUUUCAAAAAACAACAACAACAACAGUAACAACAACAGCAGCUGCAGCAAAAACAACAACAGAAAUGAUUUUAAAAGUAUAUACAAUAAGGAUUUCAAUUUGACACGAAAGAUGGCAGACCAAUCGGCGAAACUCAACAAACAGCCAUCAGAUUUUCAAUCGAUUUUUUUGAAAUCUCAAAAUCUAAAAUCGAGUUCCCAAUACGGAACUAAUCUCGCGAGUAAACAAAAGCAACAGCAUCAACAACAUCAACUACAUCAACAACAACAACAACAACAACAUCAACAACAACAACAGCAACCAACAACAAGACGUUUUCAUGAUUAUUUGGGCGAUUUUGUGUGCAAACUUUGUGGCGAAAAAUUCAACACCUCCUUCGAGCUGGCCAACCACAAUUGUUGCAAAAUCAAAAAAGUUAGAUACCAGUGCGAUGAAUGCGAGAAGGUUUUUAACUGUCCUGCUAAUCUGGCUUCCCAUAAAAGAUGGCAUCGGCCUAAACUCACUGUUAAAUGA